AUGGACCAUCAAUACUCCAACAACGCACAUCACAUGGAUUUUCACAGACCAAAUUCGACACUGAACUCUCUCGACAGGAAACCUUCCGCCUUUUCCUUUGACGACAACGCCACUCUCGACUCUAGCAUCCUGGACACACCCGUCCUCAUGUCGCCCACCACCAGCACCCAGGGCAUCUUCUCACCCGACACUUCCAUCUGGGAGGACUUUUCAAAUGGCCAGUUCGUCGACCGCACUGCCACCAGCUCUGUUGUCAACACCAACGGCAACAACCCCUUCUUUACCGAGCAAAGCAACAACCCCUUCGCCCGGUUACCACCCAACCAAGCUGCUACCUACGGCCAGCAGUCAUGGCCUGUAACCGACAACUCUGGUUCCAGGACGCCCACAGCCCCCAAGCCGCUGAACCCCUUCGGUCCCGGUGACUUUGGAGCUGCACCCUUUGUCGAGCAGCAGCAGAUGCCCUUCCACGGACUCCCCGUGCACCAGAAUGUCCGACCAAGCGCCGUCUUCCCCUCUGCCCCAGAGCAACCCAUGUCGCCCCACACCCACUCCGACUGGAUGGCCUUCAACCAGCAGGAGAUGGACGCACGACCCGGACCCAAGCGAAUGAGGCCCAACACCCCUCCCCGCUCCUUUUCCCCACGUCGUGAUGGUGGCAUCCGGAAGAAGAACGCCCGCUUCGACAUCCCGGCUGAGCGCACCCUCGUCAACAUCGACAACCUCAUCCAGAGCUGCACCAACGAGGAAGACCUCAAGGAGCUCAAGCAGCAAAAACGACUACUCCGCAACAGGCAGGCCGCUCUCGACUCCCGGCAACGAAAGAAGAAGCACACCGAGGAGCUUGAAGAGGAGAAGAAGCAGUGGAUGGAAAAGAUCUGCCAGAUGCAAGAUGACUUUGCUGCCAUGCGCAUCGAGUACGACGCUCUUGUUGCUGAGAAGGAGAACUGGCACCGCGAGUCCAUGGAGAUGCACCACAUGGUCAACCAGCUCCAGUUCGACAAGGAGGAGCUUGUGCGCAACCACACUCUUGAAACCGGCGAGCUUCGCAAGAAGGUCUCUGUCCUUACUGAACGCCUCGAGGCUGCUA